UUUUAUAGUCCUCCCUGUUGUUGGCACCAUUGUUGGAAAUGAAAAGGGGGGUGGGUGUGACACCUGUGGAGUGGAUAAAGGGGCUUUAAUUGCCAAUCUCUGCCCCCAGUGUCCAGGAUCGCUUUGCCGUGUCGGUCCUGAGUGCCCAUUGCAAUGGCCCCCAAGAAGAAGGAAGAGCCCAAACCAGCUGCGCCUCCCAAACCUCCAGAGCCCGAGCGCCCCAAAACUCCAGACUUUGACCCGGCAACCGUGACGCUGGAAUUCACCCCGGAGCAACUUGAGGACUUCAAAGAUGCCUUCCAGCUGUUUGACAGAACACCAACCAGCGAGAUGAAAAUCACCUAUGCCCAAUGUGGUGACCUAAUUAGGGCUUUGGGUCAGAAUCCUACUAAUGCAGAAAUUAUGUACGUCCUUGGAAAGCCCAAAGCUGAAGACAUGCAGACUAAGAUGCUUGAUUUCGACCAGUUUUUACCUAUUCAUCAACAUAUUUGCAAGGCCAAGGACCGUGGAACAUUUGAAGACUUCGUGGAGGGCCUGAGGGUGUUCGACAAAGAGGGGAACGGUACAGUCAUGGGCGCUGAGCUCCGGCAUGUUCUGGCAACGCUGGGGGAAAAGAUGAGAGAGGAUGAAGUGGAACAGCUGAUGCAAAACCAGGAGGAUGCUAAUGGUUGCAUAAACUAUGAAGCUUUUGUAAAGUAUAUAAUGGCAUCAUAAAAUGGGCUUAUCACUAUUGAAGCCUUUUUGUCAUUCUGGUGCUACAUCGUAGAAACAUGUUGAAAUCAAUGAGAGUGAUUAAUGAGUUUGUCUCUCCUUUACUGGAAAACCAAGAUUGUGAAUUUUUGAUCGGAGAAGAACUUCAUCAUUCUGUAGCACCCAUCUUGUAUAUUUUUCAUUUUCAUCAGUCAUGGAUGGAUCUAACUCAUGAAUAAUUCACCUUGUUUUCUAAGACUCCAAAUGCUGAUGUUGAGUACCUACGUGCAUUUUAUACAUCAUGGUAAAUAAAUGCAUUCAUUUUAA